CUAGGCUAUCUAGGGCUGUUCUGCUCGACUUCAGUUGGCCUGGUGCACACCUUGUGUUGUCCAUCUUCAGGCAAACUCCCGAUUUCGGGUUGCUGUAAUUUUCGAGGAGCUUUGCCCCCACCCCAUCAUCCAAAAUGGCGUCCUACGACCCUGCAGACCCGGAUAUGUUGUAUCUUGCCAUUGACCGCAAGAAGAUGAUGAAGGAAAUGGUAACACCCUUUGACGGCAAGAAGGCUUGCUGGGUUCCUGAUGAAAAGGAAGGCUUCAGAGCUGCUGAAAUCCAGAGCACCAAGGGAGAGGAAAUCACCGUUAAGACGGACAAGUUGGAUGUCAAAACCUUCAAGAAGGAUGACAUCCAGUCGAUGAACCCUCCCAAGUUCGAGAAGAUCGAGGACAUGGCCAACUUGACAUAUCUAAAUGAGGCUAGCGUUCUCCACAAUCUGAGAGCCAGAUACGAAGCUGCUAUUAUCUAUACCUAUUCUGGCCUCUUCUGUGUCGCCAUCAACCCCUACCGCCGACUCCCCAUCUACACCCCGUCCAUCGUUGGCAAGUACAGAGGCAAGAGGAAGACCGAGAUGCCCCCUCACCUGUUUUCCAUCUCUGACAACGCCUACCAGUUCAUGGUGCAAGAUCGUGAGAACCAGUCUAUGUUGAUCACUGGUGAGUCUGGAGCCGGAAAGACUGAGAACACCAAGAAGGUCAUUGCCUACUUCGCUCACGUCGCUGCUGCCGGGGGAAAAUCCGACGAGGAUCAAAAGAAGGGUUCGCUCGAGGAUCAGAUCAUCCAAUGUAACCCUGUGCUGGAGGCGUACGGCAACGCCAAGACAACUCGUAAUAACAACUCCUCCAGAUUCGGAAAGUUCAUCCGUAUCCAUUUUGGUACGUCUGGAAAGAUCGCCGGUGCCGACAUUGAGACCUACCUGCUGGAGAAAUCUCGCGUCACCUUCCAGCAAUCUGCAGAGAGAAACUACCACAUUUUCUACCAGAUGUGUUCAAACGCCAUCCCUACAAUCCCUGAGAAGAUCCUGGCCACGCCUGACCCUGGUCUCUACUCCUUCAUCAACCAGGGCACCCUCACCGUCGACGGUAUCGAUGACGUCGAGGAAAUGAAAAUUACAGAUAGUGCUUACGAUGUGCUUGGAUUCACGGAGGUUGAGAAGAACAGUAUGUACAAAUGUACUGGUACCAUCCUCCAUCUUGGCGAGAUGAAGUUCAAGCAGAGAGGCGAGCAGGCCGAGGCUGACGGAAGUGGAGAAGCCGAAAAGGUGUCCUUCCUGUUAGGUGUGAACGCCGGUGAUCUUCUGAAGUCUUUGCUCAAACCUAAAAUCAAGGUCGGCGCUGAUUACGUCACCCAGGGUCGUACCAAGGAACAGGUGGUGAACUCGGUUAAUGCCCUGGCUAAGUCUCUGUACGAUCGUAUGUUCAAAUGGUUGGUCUUGAGAGUUAACAUCACUCUCGACACAAAGAAGCCAAGGCAGUUCUUCAUCGGUGUCCUGGAUAUCGCUGGGUUCGAGAUCUUUGAUUUCAACAGCUUCGAGCAAUUGUGCAUCAACUACACCAACGAGCGCCUGCAGCAGUUCUUCAACCACCACAUGUUUGUGCUGGAGCAGGAAGAAUACAAGAAAGAAGGCAUCCAGUGGGAGUUCAUCGACUUUGGCAUGGACUUGCAGGCCUGCAUUGAGCUCAUUGAGAAGCCUAUGGGUUUGUUGUCCAUCCUUGAAGAAGAGUGCAUGUUCCCCAAGGCUUCUGACAAGACCUUUAAGGACAAGCUGUACACCAACCAUAUGGGCAAAUCCCCCAACUUCCUCAAGCCGGACAAGAAACUCAAGGGUGGUGCCCACGGCGACUUCUGCCUGAAGCAUUACGCUGGAACUGUGCCCUAUAACAUCACUGGCUGGCUGGAGAAAAAUAAGGAUCCAAUCAACGAGACGGUAGUGGAAUUGUUGUCUCACUCCAAGGAAAAGCUGGUCCAGACCCUCUUCCCAGCCGCCGCACCUGCAGAGGGAGGCGGUGGCAAAAAGAAGAAGAGCUCAGCCUUCCAGACAAUUUCUGCAACCCACAGGGAGUCACUGAACAAGCUGAUGAAGAACCUGUACAGCACUCACCCUCACUUCGUGCGUUGCAUCAUCCCCAACGAGCUUAAACAGCCAGGCCUGAUUGACGCUGCCCUUGUGCUCCACCAGCUCCAGUGUAACGGUGUACUUGAGGGUAUCCGUAUCUGCAGGAAGGGAUUCCCCAGCAGAGUUAUUUACUCUGAGUUCAAACAGAGAUACUCAAUCCUGGCUCCCAACGCCAUCCCACAGGGUUUCGUGGAGGGCAAGGUCGUAUCUGAGAAGAUUCUGCUCGCCCUUCAGAUGGACACAGCUGAGUACCGUCUUGGCAAUACCAAAGUGUUCUUCAAGGCUGGUGUCCUUGGUUACCUUGAGGAUCUCCGAGACGAGCGUCUGUCCGCGAUCAUUUCUAUGCUCCAGGCCCACAUCAGGGGUUAUCUGAUGCGAAAAUCAUACAAGAAGCUCCAGGACAGGAGAACUGCCUUGUCUGUGAUCCAGAAGAAUAUCCGUAAAUGGCUUGCCAUGAGAAACUGGCUCUGGUGGAGAUUCUACACCAAGGUCAAGCCCCUCCUGAACAUUGCACGUGCCGAGGACGAGAUGAAGCUGAAGGAAGAGGAACUAGCCAAAUGCAAGGAAGAACUGGGCAAGGUCGUUCAGAGAGGAAAGGAACUCGAGGAACAGAACGUGGACCUUCUCCGGCACAAGAAUGACCUGUUCCUUCAAGUGCAGUCUCAGGGUGACACUCUUUCCGACCAAGAAGAGCGAAUUGAACAACUUGUCACACAGAAAGCUGACUUUGAGCAGCAGCUGAAGGAUCUGGAGGAACGUCUUUUGGAUGAGGAAGAUGCAAACGCUGAUGCCGCAGAUCAAAGAAAGAAAUUUUUAGACCAAAUCGAAGGUUAUAAGAAAGAUAUAACAGACCUUGAGGGUACCCUUGCAAAGGCUGAACAAGACAAACAGACCAAAGACAAUCAGAUAAAGACACUCCAAGAUGAGAUGGCAGCUCAGGACGAACAAAUCGCCAAGUUGAGCAAGGGCAGGAAGGAUCUCGAGGAAACGCAAAAGAGGACCCUGGAAGAUCUUCAGAAGGAGGAAGACAAGGUCAAUCACCUCAACAAACUAAAGCAGAAACUUGAGGGAACACUCGAUGAGCUUGAGGAUAACCUAGAACGAGAGAAGAAGGUGCGAGGUGAUGUUGAGAAGGCCAAGAGGAAGGUAGAACAGGAGCUGAAGGCAUCGAAUGAGACAAUUGAAGAACUUGAUCGGGCAAAGAGGGAUCUCGAAGAGGCAGGCAGAAAGAAGGACCAGCAGAUCAACAGUCUUAACUCCAGGUUGGAAGAAGAACAAUCCUUAGUUGCUCAACUCCAGAGGAAGAUUAAAGAGCUUCAGGCUCGUAUCGAGGAGCUCGAAGAGGAACUGGAGGCUGAGCGAUCUGCUAGAGCAAAGUCUGAGAAACAGAGAAAUGAGUUUUCUCGUGAAAUCGAGGAGAUCGGGGAACGUUUGGACGAGGCUGGUGGAGCCACUUCCGCUCAAGUGGAGCUCAACAAGAAGCGUGAACAGGAGCUCCUGAAGCUCCGUCGUGACCUUGAGGAGUCCACCAUGCAGCACGAGGCUCAGGUAUCCUCACUCCGCAAGAAGCAAACUGACGCGACCAACGAGCUCAGUGAGCAGGUCGAUCAACUGCAGAAGGUCAAGAGCCGUCUUGAAAAGGAGAAGAACCAGAUGAAGGGAGAGAUCGAUGACUUACAUAAUCAGAUCGAAUAUGUCAAGAAGAACACUGGCAUGUCCACCAAGCUUUCGAAACAGAUGGAUAACCAGCUGUCAGAACUAAACUCAAAGAUCGAGGAUGGUCAGCGCCAGAUCAAUGACCUCCAGGGCCAGAAGAACCGACUCCAGAAUGAGGCUGCUGAGACAACCCGUCAGCUUGAGGAGGCGGAACACAAAGUGGGCCAACUGACAAAGGACAAGAAUGCUCUCCAGAACGCUCUCGAUGACGCCAAAAGAAGCUUGGAGGAUGAGACUAGAACUCGGCAGAAGCUUCAGUCUGAGGUCCGCAACUUGAAAACCGACUUGGACGCAUCUCGCGAGCAGCUUGAGGAGGAGCAGGAAUCACGCGCUGACCUUCAGAGGCAGCUGUCAAAGGCAAAUGCCGAGGCUCAAAACUGGAGGGCAAAAUUCGAGAGCGAAGGGCAAGCCCGCACCGAGGAACUGGAGGAGGCUAAACGUCGUCUGCAGUCUAAACUCAACGAGGCUGAGCAAAACCUUGAAACUGCAAAUGGCAAGAUCAACGGCCUUGAAAAGGCAAAGUCGCGCCUUCAGGGAGAACUUGAGGAUCUCAUGGUCGAUGUCGAGAGGUCCAACGCUAACGCCAACGCGCUUGAGAAGAGGCAACGUUCCUUUGACAAGACUCUUGCCGAAUGGCAGUCCAAGGUGACGGACCUCCAGGCGGAGCUCGAGGCCUCCCAGAAGGAGUCGAGGGCUUACUCCGCUGAUCUGUUUAGAGUCCGCGCGUCCGUUGAUGAAGCCAACGAUACCGUCGAGUCACUCAGGAGGGAGAACAAGAACCUUGGCGAUGAGAUCCAUGACCUGACUGACCAGCUGUCGGACGGAGGCCGCAGUGUACACGAUCUGGACAAGGCCCGCAAACGUCUCCAGAUGGAGAAGGAGGAGCUUCAGGCAGCCCUGGAGGAAGCCGAGUCCGCUCUGGAACAGGAGGAGGCCAAGGUCGUCCGUGCUACUCUCGAGGUCGCCCAGGCGCGUGCUGAUAUCGACAGGAGACUUCAUGAGAAGGAUGAUGAAUUUGAAAACACACGCCGCAACCACCAGCGCGCCCUUGAUUCCAUGCAAGCCAGUAUGGACGCUGAGGUGAAGGGCAGGGCUGAGGCCAUGAGGAUCAAGAAGAAGCUGGAAGCUGACAUCAACGAGCUGGAGGUUGCAGUUGAUAGCGCCAACAGAACCAGAGCCGAUGCUGAGAAGAACGCCAAGAAAUACCAGCAAACCGUCAAGGAAUUGGAGAUCGCAGUAGAGGAGGAGAAGCGUAAGGUGGAUGAAGCCCGUGAUGCUGCAAACAUGACCGAACGCCGCGUCAACAUGCUCAGCGGUGAGGCCGAAGAACUUCGCUCAGCACUCGACUCUGCCGAUCGGGCUCGCAAGGGAGCUGAGAAUGAACUCAUGGACGCAAAUGAUCGCGUUAACGAACUCGCAGCACAGGUGCAAUCUUUGUCAGGCCAGAAGAGGAAGCUGGAAGCUGACAUUACUGCUAUGCAGACUGACAUCGAAGAAAUGAGUUCCGAAGUUGCCAAGGCCAACGAGGCUGCGACCCGGGCUGCUGCAGACGCCACCCGCAUGGUGGACGAGCUUCGCCAAGAACAGGAUCACAGCAUGCAGAUUGAGAAGGUCAGGAAGGGCCUCGAGGCUCAGGUCAAGGAGCUACAGACUCGCCUGGACGAGUCAGAAGCACAGGCCCUCAAGGAAGGCAAGAGGACUGUUGCUAAGCUCGAACAGAGGGUCCAGGAGUUGGAGACUGAACUUGAUAGCGAACAGCGCCGCCACGCGGACACUCAGAAGAACAUGCGCAAGGCCGACAGACGUCUGAAGGAGAUUGCGUUCCAGGCCGAGGAGGACAGGAAGAACAUUGAACGCCUUCAAGAUGUCAUCGAACAACUGAACGGCAAGAUCAAGACCUACAAGCGCCAGGUGGAAGAGGCCGAGGAGAUCGCUGCAGUGAAUCUGACCAAGUUCCGCAAGGUCCAGUCAGAGCUGGAGGACGCCGAGGAACGCGCGGAGUCGGCCGAGGCCACCAUGAAUAAGCUCCGUGCCAAGUACCGUAGUUCGGUGUCCAUGGCACCCAAUACCUCCUCCAGUAUCAGUUAAAUACAACAGAUAGAUACAACACAUUUCGAGCGUGAAGAGGAAGCGUUGCUCGGGGAAUAACGUCUCACUCUUACCUGUCCUCUACAAUAUCCAAUGAGAGUGAAGGCAAUUAUUAGACAAUAGCCUAUGCAUUUUCUUUCCCAAUCCCUCCGCUCCAGUAGGACGCAGCUGUGGGGCAUGGUGACACGCCCUCAUGUGCGUCCUGUCUGUGGCUCUGACUUCCUUUGGUUUCAAGGUCAUUAUGUCAAAAUAUUUUAGAAAAUUGAAAAAACGUGAAAAUUUGACCUAGGCCAAAUAUGGAACUGCUCUGCACUGCUAGUGAUAUUGUAUUUAUUAACAUUGUAUUUAUUGUUAUUCUGGCUCGUCUAGAUGGGCAUGUACAUGAUGUUCAGCCUGAGGCUGUGAAUGACCUCUCAUUGGACGGACUCGGCACAACGAACGCUCAUUCUAUUGCUCUGUGGUAUACGUUACUAUAGUUACCAGUAUAUUCGUAGAGUGAUGUAACCUCUCGGCAGUAAUAUACUUAAUAAAUGCUAUCAAUAUAA